UCAAUGAUGUGUUGUGGAAGAUGGUGCCUAAUGACGAUGAGCAAUGCAUUAUAAGCAAACAAGCAGAUGACUAUGAGAAGUCUCAAGGUGAAGCCUUCUCGAGGCCAUUAGCAAUAAAGGAUAGAGCUAGAAAAAAUCCAGUUAACUGGUGGGGAGCAUAUGGUGGCCUUGUAUACGAGUUGAUGAGUUUAGCAAAAAAAAUAGUUAGCCUUUGCUGUUCGGCAUCAGGAUGUGAGCGUAAUUGGAGCACCUUCUCUCAAAUACAUACCAAGAGAAGGAAUAGGUUGGAGCACAAGAGGCUCAACAGUUUAGUGUUUGUUAGCUACAACAGAAAAAUGGCCAACAGAUUUGCUAAGCUGCGUGAGCUCGGUUCGAAAGGCAAGAAAUACAAUCCAUUGCACCUUGACGAGUUUCAGUGGGAAAACGAGUGGGUUGAUGCCGGCUGUGAACCAGUUCAUCAAGAUGCCGCUUCUGAUACUGGUAAUUAUCUAACUUGGCAAAACGUGGAUGAAGCUACUGGUGCAACUCAAGGUCUAGGAGGUCGUAAUCUGCCUAGGGCUGCUGCAAUGAAAAGGAAGAGUGGAUCUAAACAUGCUGCUGCUGCUGCUGCAAGUAAAAGGACUAAGCAACCUAGGACAGCUGCAAUUCCAGUUGAAGAUGAAGUGUCAAGUGAAGAGGAUGAUGAAAUGGGAGAUGAGAGUGGAUCUGAUUACGAAGAUGAUGAAGAGGGUGGUGGAGGUUCAGCUGCAGGGGCUUUCCAAGUGGAUGAUGCUGUGCUUUGAGUUUGCUUAAUUGCUUGUUAGUUGUUAUCAUGCAAAUCGUUGAACAUGACUAAAUCAUUGAACAAUAUGAUGCUGUGUUUUUUCCUGUUGUAAUUUGAAGUAUAUAUUGCAUA